AAGUAUGUGCGUGGGAUAUCCAACCUCGACAUGGAAUCUAAAAUGCAUGAUACAAUGUUAACCGCAAACCAUCAACUUGCAUAAAGUUUUCUUCAAGUUUGUUGGAGUGCCCGAGAUGCAAGUUCUCGGUGACGUCGGUGAAUGUGUGGGGCAACUACCCGAGCCGAUCCCGGCCGCGUCCUCGGAUAAGGUAUCGGGCUGUCCCGAAGUACUAAGCUCCAACCUCGAUACCGGCCCGUCGUUUCAUCUUCGCCGCAAAUAGCCGGCACCCGCUGUGUAUCACGAUUCCACCACGUUAACAGCAUUCCACCAUGGCAUCUACACGAGCAACCGUGAACCUGGCCAAGGCUUCUGUGCCGUGCGCCAGGACAGCAACGACUGCGCGGAUUCGAGCCAGGGCGCAACUGGCAACGUCGCGACAAUGCCACAACCAUCCCCAGCGCCAGCCGGUCCGAUUCCUCCGGCAGUCCACAGCGUCGCCGUCACCGCUGCUCAACAAAACUGUCGAUACAUGGGCGACAGCGACGCGGCGGUACUCGACCGAUGCACUGAGGAAACCGCAUAAGAUAUGGGACUUUGAAUCUAUCCAAAAGCUGACCUCCACCCCGGACUCCUCGGUAACCAUGAUCGACGUCCGCGAGCCGCACGAACUCAAAGAAUCAGGCCGAAUCCCUGGCGCGCUCAACAUCCCGGUGGCAUCGGCGCCCGACAGCUUCCACAUCACCGACGAGGAAUUCGAGGACCGGUUCGGGUACCCACGACCGGCGCGCGACGCCGAGGUGGUCUUUUACUGCCGCGCCGGCGUACGCAGCCGGGCUGCCGCGGGACUGGCGAGCGAUGCUGGAUGGGAAAAGGUUGGGGAGUACCCUGGCAGCUGGCUGGACUGGUUUGAGAAAGGGGGCAAAGUGGAGAGGUAGGGUUGGUUUGCUUGUGGUGUUGUAUUCGUACAUCGCCUUGACAAGAAAGCGAGGGAGGGAUAGGUGCAUAACAUGCGCCGGCACUGUGUGUCUUUGCUUACAGCGCUGCAAGAACCGUGUUUGGAACUGUACUUGGAGGAAUUCGCUCCCGCAACUCCGAGGUGCCUUUCGUACAUAUAUACUACACACCGCGGUCUGC